GGAGAGCCGGGUCGAUUGAAACACGGGACGAUUGAAACACAGCGAUUUACUCGAAAACCACGCAAGGCUUUCACGUCAAAAUUCGUCACUACGUUCAGCAAGCAAGACUGACCAACCCCGGGAAAUUUCAUGUAAUGACGUCACGCCGUUCAGAUGUUAUCCCGCGAACCUGUUUUCGAGAGCUGUCAGAAAAUUUGCCUUUGAGCUGGCAGUCCACUUCAGCUGCCCAUUCCCUGCAUCCUGGUCGAGGAAGAGCAUGGCGGGGAAGGACUGGUUCACCUCCUUCAUGGAGCGCAGUGGCAGCCUCUCCCUUCGGCGUCCAGAGGCCACUAGCCAACAGCGAUUGUCCAGCUUCAACCAAACAAAUGUAAACUUGUUCCACCAAAAUUUAAAGACGGUGCUGGAACGGCACCAGUUCCAGGCCAAGGACAUUUGGAACAUUGAUGAAACCGGGGUCACCACUGUCCAGGUGCCAGACCGUGUCGUCGCCCAGAUGGGGCAGAAGCAGGUCGGGUCAGUGACCUCAGCGGAGAGGGGGACCCUGGUCACAGUUGCCCUGGCAGGCAAUGCGCAGGGCGACCUUGUUCCGCCAUUCUUCAUCUUCCCCCGUAAGCGGUUCAAAGACCACUUCCUGAGGGGUGGACCCGUUGGCUGUGCAGGCAGCGGCAACCCAACUGGCUGGAUGAAGGAGCCAGACUUCCUCCUGUACCUGGCCCACUUCACCAGGCACACCCGUGUGUCCAAGGAGUCGAAGCUGCUCCUCCUGCUGGACAAUCACCCGUCCCACCUGUCAAUUGCAGCAAUUGAUUACUGCAGAGCUAAUGGCAUAGUGCUGCUGUCAUUCCCUCCCCACUGCACCCACAGGUUGCAGCCAAUGGACAUUAGUGUCUUCGGCCCCCUAAAGGGGUACGUAAACAGUGCGGCGGACAGGUGGAUGAGGAGCCACCCAGGGAUCAACAUCUCCAUUUAUGAUGUGCCCUCCAUCGUUGCUGAAGCCUUACCAAAGGCUGCGACAGUGAACAACAUCACCUCCGGGUUCUCAAGUCCAGGGAUCUGGCCUUUUAACCCCUCUGCGUUUGAGGAAAAGGACUUCGCCGGAGCCUAUUCCACAGACCGUCCUCCUCCCCAGGCUUCGGGUGACGAGGUCAGCGCUUCUCCAGGUGCCACUUCAGGCAUGGAUGUACCUGAUCGAGCUGCCGGGCCUGACGAAGCUGUCCGGCCUGAGGGAGAGGCCGUUGAGUUCAGCCCGGACAUCGUCCGGCCUUACCCUAAGGCCGGACCUAGAAAGAUCACAAAGAGAAGAGGGAGAAAGAGGACAACUGCUAUACUUACGGACACCCCGGUGAGGGCUGCUUUAGAGGCGGAAAAGCAGGGAACUGGGAAGCAGCGUCGUCCCGCUAAGCAGCCUCCCUCCUCUCGGGCUCCCAAGAAGAGGCUGUUCUCGCCCGCUCCUGAUGCCGGAGUUGCCACCUCAGCUGCUCCUCCCACCAUCACCUGGCCCGCUGAUGGAGUCAGCCCCACCUUAGGCCUAGUUUGUCCUGUUCCGGAGGCAGCAGAGUUCACCACCAUUGCUGCCUCCACUUCUCCAAUUUAUUUAGGCCUAUCCAGCGAGGACGUCAGCUGCCUCGUGUGCUCCGAGCUCUUCAGCGCCUCGAUGCCUGGGGAAGAGUGGGUCCAGUGUGUCUUUUGUUAUAAGUGGUCGCAUGAGGCUUGCACCGACGGGAGUGCACACUACCUGUGUCACCUGUGUGACAAAGAAUAAAAAUAUUCAGCCUACUA